UUAGAAUGCUUGACCUGCUGUACAGUUGCUGACGAUCAGACAGGCAGCAGACAUCAUCAAGAAUGCAACCUCAAGGGCUUCAUCAGCAAUACAGCCACCAGCGCCUUCGUCUGCACAGAGUACAUACCUAGCUGCCUCGUCAUCAGCUGAAUCAUUGCCUCUGUCUUCUCCACAGCCCGCAAUAUCAUCUCCAUUGCCAUCAUCUUCGACUUCACAACAGCCACCACCACCACCAGUCCCACCGCAAACCUUGACGUUGUCACCUCCCAAGCCAUCAACAACUUCUCUGAUGCUUCCGCUCCCAUCUGCAGCCAUCCUGUCACCCGGGAACCCAAUAUUGUCUUUGGUCUCUUCAAGUGCAUACUGCAACCAUGUGUCGUCGUUCACAUGCACAUGUACGUCUGUAUGCACUUGUGCGCCGACGUGUACUUGCGGGGCGACACUGGCACCUCCUUCAUAUCAGUCGACCACCAUUGCUACACCACAAUCGGUGCUGCCACCAGUGCCGCCCUCACACAGCGCUGGUUCGGGAGGUAUGAUCUGCCCACAUCCGUUGACGUCGUCUUGCCCACCUCCACCAGCAACAACGGCUUUCGUGCCUCCUCCGCCAUCUUUUGCGACUCCCUCACCAAGUAUGACCUUCACAUACGCACCGAUUUCAUCUUCAUCACAGAGCACAAGCUCCAUACUCUCCUCCUUCUCGUCAACGCAAAGCAUGAGUUCAGUGCUUUUCUCGUCUUCUUCUUCAACGUCGUCUUCCGCUCGUGUUUCGUUAUUGACCUCUGUCCGUUCCGGGUCUUCGUCAUCCAAGCGUUCUUCAACCUCGUCGUCGAGGCGCUCAUCAGUGUCAUCCAGCUAUACAGGCAGAUCCAUGUCCAACAUCGCAAGUCAAUCGAUCUCGAGCUCGACCUCUAUAAGUCAGUCGAUGACUCCAUCAUACCUCUCUUCUUCUUCUCCAGUAGCCACGACGCUUUCGCCCAGCACGUUGUGGGUGACGAUGUGAGUACCCGCAGAUUGCCCAUGGACCAUGAACACGAUGAUGCUGACAUGACCCAGUUGUCGCACUGUGCCGAUUUUUUAACCCCGAUUCGUCAGAUGAAACUUGGGUAGUUGAUCAUGAACCGGGAGCCCUCACAUCCUUGAGUGUGGGCGAUGUCGCCUUGAUCUGGUACGCCAUGUUGAUGUCUCACUGGGAGGGAUUGGAAAGAGAGAGAGAGUCCUUUGUGUUAUAAGAAUCAUUCAGAUCUAUAGAUAAGAGCCAGCAUCAUAACAAUUCUGCCACCGUGUCGCAAACUUGGAGAGGUGGUUGGAGUAUAUAAGCACAGACCAUGCACGACACGAUGGCCGUGUCGGGUCCUCAGACGUGGCAGUUGUCUCGAUACUACAGCUU